AUGGCGCACCGGGUGGACAACGAGUACGACUACCUCUUCAAGAUCGUGCUCAUCGGCGACUCCGGCGUCGGCAAGUCCAACAUCCUCUCCCGCUUCACCCGCAACGAGUUCUGCCUCGAGUCCAAGUCCACCAUCGGCGUCGAGUUCGCCACCCGAACCCUCCAGAAACCUAAGGGUAAACGGUUUUCAGAGGAAAAGAAGCUUAUAGAAGGAAAGACUGUGAAGGCACAGAUAUGGGACACGGCUGGUCAGGAGAGAUACCGUGCAAUUACUAGUGCAUAUUACAGGGGUGCUGUUGGAGCCCUCCUAGUCUUUGACAUAACAAAGAGGCAGACCUUCGACAAUGUUCAGAGGUGGCUCCGUGAGCUCCGGGAUCAUGCAGAUGCCAACAUUGUUGUCAUGAUGGUUGGGAACAAGUCAGACUUAAACCACUUAAGAUCGGUUCCCGAGGAAGACAGCCAAGCAUUCUCUGAGAAAGAAGGUCUGUCGUUCCUUGAGACAUCUGCACUGGAGGCAAUCAAUGUGGAGAAGGCAUUCCAUACUGUGCUGAGUGAAAUUCACCAGAUUGUAAGCAAAAAAGCACUUGCAGCACAGGAGUCUGCUGCUGCCAACGGCCGUUCGAUGCAAGGAACGACUAUUAACGUUGCUGAACCAUCCGCCAACGCAACAGGUUCUUGCUGUUCCAGUUGA